GUGUGUUGGUGCCUGCCUGUGUGUAUCUGCGUGUGUCACAAUAAUAGCCCCCCUUAACGCUUCCUAGCUGCUGGGCUUGCAAGGAGAAAGCCCUGCAGCAGCCGCGGGCUAUUGAACGAUGUAAGGCGGGGAGACUCCCCCUCGCCUGCCUCUCGCUCGCUCGCUUUCCAAUCCCUCUUCCCCGUCCCCUCCUCUCCCGGAGCCGCCCGCCCGCCCCGCCGCUCUCCUCAGUCUUCCCUUCCUUCCUUCCCUUCCUUCCUUCCCUCCCUCCCCGCCAUGCCGGACCAGAUCUCCGUGUCGGAAUUCGUGUCCGAGACCAAUGAGGAUUACAAGUCGCCCACCGCCUCCAACUUCACCACCCGGAUGGUACAGUGCCGGAACACCGUGGCGGCCAUCGAGGAGGCCCUGGAUGUUGACCGAACUGUUCUUUAUAAGAUGAAGAAAUCUGUAAAAGCCAUAAAUGUUUCUGGUUUGGCUCAUGUGGAAAAUGAAGAGCAGUAUACUCAAGCUUUGGAGAAAUUUGGAGGCAACUGCGUCUGUAGGGAUGAUCCAGAUUUAGGAACAGCAUUUUUAAAAUUUGCUGUAUUCACAAAGGAAUUGACGGCACUCUUCAAAAACUUGGUAAGAAACAAUGAAAGUAUGUACUACAGAAUUGAAACUGUAUAGUGUAGCUUUAAGUUUAAUCUGAAAUAUAUAAAUAUAAAA